CGUCGGUCCAUACUCUACGUGGAUCAUAAUGCCAAUUCUGUUUACCAUCAGGUGCAAUAAGGUCACUUUGCCGUAUCAGGUAUCAUUAAAUUCGAGACCUUAGCGCGUCAAUCAUAAUACCUAUCUUUGCAAUAAAAUUACCCCACUGCACCGGGGUAAGUUAAAAAAUGAAUGUUUAAAAUCUACAUGAGAAGGCAUUAUCGACCGGUGUAUUUUUGUUAUCCAUCAAUUUGUACCACUGGAACGUGAAUCUCAGACAGCUAUCUUUAAUCAUAACAAUGGAUUAUGAAUUAUUUCGCGUAGAUUACACAAUUUGCGGUAUUACAUACCCCGAUACGUUAAAAAUAUUACCUGCGUCACACCAAAAACCGGAACAAAAGUUUGCUGUAGGAGACAAAAAUGGGAUCUUACAAUGUAUUAGUAUAAAAGGUGAAGAGCCAAUAAUACAUUUUAAAACACUGCCUGGAAAACCUAUAACGUGUGUUCAACUUACAACUGGGUCGCAGAAUGACAAAAUAUUUGCAGCUUCAGGUAAUGAAGUCAAAGGAUAUACGAGGAAAGGAAAAGUGUUUCUUACACUGGAAACUGCACAAUCCGAAACUAUUACCUCCAUGUGUGUACUUGGAGGUGAUUUAAUAAUAUGUAGCGGACGCACCGUAAUGUACUACAGAGAUUUACGUGAAUAUCAGUCAUACAUUUGUGACGAUAGAGUGUUGGAUAUAGCUGCGUAUUCUGCUCCAAAUAAUGGUCGAAUUCGAAUUCUGGUACUAAUUGCAAAUAAAGGUGCUGCUAUAUUUGAAAAUGGACAAAUGACGGCACGUGCCUCUAUUCCCUCUGGACCCACUCGAUUACUUACUCCACCUCAAAUGUAUACUUCAGAGAUAUUUUCAUUUUACGGCGCUAGUGAUGGUUCUAUAGGUCUUAUCAUUUACGAAGAAUCAACUUUAUCGCAUAUAUGUCUAGUCGAAGACAGAGGCUUAGGGUCAGUUGGUUGUCUCGGCUGGUACACUAGCAAUGGUAACUACCACUUGGCGGUCGGUCGUCACGAUGGCUCUGUACAGCUGUACCUCGUAGAUAUUGAAAAUAUUAAAGAUAAACCUAGACUUAAAUUUACUUAUUUCUCUGGUGAACCAGUUUCGUCUGUAGCUGGCGGUUAUGUGGGAACUGAAGAAGGAGAACUGCUCGUGGCAACGUUUUCUGGAAGAAUAUUUGCAUUAAGAACAAAUCAUCAGAUAUCUGAAGCGAUCCUUAAUAAGACACCGUUGGAAAAUUUAGCUGCACGUCGAGGGAAAUUAGAAUUAGAAAUAACAAGAUUAGAAAAACAAACUGCUAAUGAACGUGACAAGUAUCAAAAAAGCACACGAUCUUUAAAUGCAGGAUUAUCCACUCCUCCGCUAUUGGACUUACAAUAUGAGAUAGUAGGAGCAAAGCGUGAUGGCUGGCAAGAGAUCAGGAUUACAUCGGCUGUGUCAUUGGAUAUACUAUUCGUUUACUGUAACCAAAAAUUAGAUAUGAUGACUGACAACACAGCGGUUCUCAGCAUGUGUACUUCAGAGAAGACAGCAUCGGACCUCCUGGCAACAGUAAGAUGCCAAGCUGGUACAAGACGUUCGUGGAUACGCAUGAGAAAUAAAUUAAAUUCAUCAUCGUUAUCAAAGUUGGAGUCUACGUGUGUGAAGAUUUAUAUAUUACCAGCAGGAGCACCAAGAGUUGCUCGUUUGAUAUCAGUUACAUUACCGGCGUUGUCUUAUUAUUCAAAGCACGAAGAUACCGAUAUCAAUGAAGAGCAACAGACAAAGUUUAGUUGGUGCCAAUUGCAAUUAUCGGGAAAUUUUUCUGUAGCUGAAAUGACCUCAUGGCUAUCGGAAGUAUUACCGGGUGAUCUGCCAAGGCCAGCAGUUAGUGUAUGUUUUGCACGUUCACAUGCUCUUUUGGGGACAGUCGUAAUUUGUCACUAUCAAAAAGGAUUAGCUGUAUUUAAAUCCAAUAACAUAUCCACAAUAGCUGUUAUUAGAAACAUAUUAUCCAACUACUCAAUCGAAAAGAAUAUGCGUGUGGAAAUUUCAUGUGAUAUACCAAAUGAUUAUUGCUAUAAAGCUUUUAAAUCUCUGCAAAAUCAAUAUAUAUUAGAAUAUAAAAUGAAUGAAGAUGUUAACUUGCAAAAGGCAUUAGCUGCACUAGAAUUGGAUGCAUCAGCUUUAAAUGGUAAAAUGUCAAUGCUGUGUGAAGACUACACUCGGAUGGCCUGUGAGGAAGAAAUUCCAGAAACAUAUUUUGAUGAGCUUGUAGAUAUUGUUGUGCAAUGGUAUGCAGAUUGGCGAGCCCUCUCAUUGCAUGCUGAAAAUAUUUACAAUAAGUUGGCACAGUUGCGUUCUGCUUUGGAGAAAUGCAGAUUAGAAGAUGUCUUUAAAAUAUUGUCUCAUAACCCAGUUUCAACAAAUGAAUAUUAAUUAAUUUACAAUUCCUACAUAAUAAAA